AAACGAUACUAAUUGGUUUGGGCUAAUUAACAAAUCGGGACAGCUUUGCUAGCUUGUCUGUGUUAACAGCGACCAGCGCCAGGUUUAAUACUCCAACUGAACGCUACACCCAGCAGCAGGUACAACAAAGCGAGAACAAUGUUAACUAUGUAGACCUGUUAGAAAAUUGGAUUUCAAUGUAUGAGCGAAGACAUUUGGGAAAAGUUACCUCUUCAACGCAUCUAAGCGGAAACCACUGGAGUCAGUGUUACAGGAGGGUUGCAGAGACAUGGUGGGCUUCGACCCUGCAGGUCAGGCUGCUGCUCUCUCCGCACAGGAGACAGCCCUGGCUGGCUCAGCCUCGGGGAUGGUCACCAGAGCCCUCAUCAGCCCCUUUGAUGUCAUCAAAAUCAGGUUUCAGCUUCAGAUAGAGCAUGUGUCAUCACAAAGGCCUGAGGGGAAGUAUUCUGGACUAUUUCAGGCGUCUCGUUGCAUUUAUUCAGAGGAGGGACUCUCUGCUUUCUGGAAGGGUCAUAUCCCAGCGCAACUCCUCUCCAUCUGCUAUGGGGCUGUCCAGUUUACCACUUUCGAGUUUCUGACCGAGAUUGUCCAUAAGUCAACGUCGUAUGACAGUCGGAGUGCAGGAGUUCACUUUGUCUGCGGUGGCUUGGCAGCUUGCUCUGCUACAAUGUUUUGCCAGCCUCUGGACACACUGCGGACACGCUUUGCAGCUCAGGGAGAACCCAAGGUGUACAGUAACCUGCGGCAUGCUGUGUCCACAAUGUGGCGCUCAGAGGGGCCCCUGACAUUUUACCGCGGCUUGUCUCCAACACUGUUGGCAGUGUUUCCUUAUGCUGGACUGCAGUUCUUCUUCUACAAUAUCUUUAAGACGCUGCUGGUUCCCCCACCCAAAACUGGAGAAUCAGGAGGAGUAAACCUGAGAAGCCUGUUUUGUGGCAGCGGAGCUGGGAUGAUCAGUAAGACGCUCACAUACCCCUUUGACUUGUUCAAAAAGAGACUCCAGGUCGGUGGCUUUGAGGAAGCUAGAGUUCACUUCGGUCAUGUGCGGAACUACCGAGGCCUCAUAGACUGCAUGGUCCAAAUAGGCAAAGAGGAAGGCCUCCGAGGCUUCUUCAAGGGCCUCUCGCCCAGCCUUGUGAAGGCUGCCCUGUCAACAGGCUUCACCUUUUUUUGGUAUGAAUUUUUCCUCAAUGCCAUUCAAACCGUCAAGGAGAGACAGAGAACAGCUGACGUCACCAAAGACCAAGAGAAGAAAUGAUGGCAAUCAAAAAACCCUGAUGGGACAGUUACGCACAAACAAAAUGCACUUAUGCCUUGUUCACUUGCACUGCACAAGUAUGUCAGCUGGGUUGGUGGUGGUGGUUUCUUUUGUUUACGUAUAAGAAUAGUUCUGUUCUGUCGUUACAUCAUAUAACGUACAAGUAUCAUAUUUCAUAAAAUGCAUAUAACCUGAAUAUAUGCGUCCAUAAUAUUUUUUUAUAAAUGCUUUGCAUUAUAUUCCACCCUUGUACCAGAUGUGCACCAAUGCUGACAAAAAAGUUUUUUUUUUUUUUCUUUCUCCAUAUUUUAGAGUCAUUCCCAAUCAAUUAGGAACCUGUUGGUGACUGUACCUGUACUAUCGGGUUUUCACUCAUUCUUUAUCUUUCUCAAUCUAUCUUCUUGGCAGAAGUGAUAUAGUUUGGUAUCACCUCUUCAGAUCUACAGAGCUGAUCAAUAAAAGUAGCUGAAGCUGUUCAUCAGCGGUGUGACUUCAAAACAGCUUUAGCUUGGCAAGAAUUAAAGUGUUAGUUUUCACAGAAAAUGCAUCACAAAACUAAACCAAUGGUUAUAUACCAGCCAUUUAAUGGGGAACCUUUAAGUUCAUGGAAAAUAAAGAUGAAAUUGUGGAUUUUCACUUCUGCUUCUGUUAACUUGCAUUUUAUUUAAUCAGGUUGGGAUUGGGAAUCGAGCGAAAUAACCCGAAAAAGGUGUUUAUAGCGAUAUAUAAGACAUAAUUUGGUUCACAUUGUGUCCACAUUCAACAGUCAUUUAUUUGUGCUGACAUAUCUUACCAUCUUUGGGACAUCCAGGUCUUCAAUUCUAUGUUUGAAUACUUUUUUGGUUUUUAACAUGAACAUUUAAUAUACAAGUACUGUGUUGACAUUUGCAGAGAUGAUGCAAUAGGAUUCAGUUCGCUAAAAUGUCAUUACUUGUCUGAACAGACUGGUAGCUGAGAGUUAAAACCGGAUCUGUUGCAACAUCUUUUGCUCUUUUUUUU